AUGGCGGCCGCCUGCCCGGCCGCACCGCGUCACCAGGACCACUUGGUACCCGGGCAGGUGAUUGCACACGACGAGGACGCCGGCGCGAACGCCGAGCUGCGCUACUCGAUCGUGUCGACGGACGGCCUGCGUCUGACCAUCGAGCCGCGGCUGGGCCAGCUGCGGCUGCCGACGGACGGGGCGCCCAUCGCCGCCGGCAAACACCAGCUGACCGUGCGGGUGACGGACGGCGGCAAGCCGGUGCGCUCGUCGGUGGUGCGGGUGCUGCUCACCGUGCUGGAGGAGGGGCCGCCGCCGCCCCACCCGCCCCGGGUGGACCUGCCUGAACGGGCCGUCCAGGUGUUCGAGACGGACCCGGUCGGCCACCUCGUCAUCCUGGCCACUGCCAACGCCUCGCUGCUCUUCAGUAUCGCUGAACGGUUCCGCUCGUCGCGGCACUGA